AUGGAUCGGCGAAAUGUUCCAAACUUCGUGUUUGACGAAAACGAACAAAGCGUGAGUUUAUUCAUCUUUUUUUUACGUAAUCGGAUAUAAUGAUUUUAUUUUGCAGAGUUCACGAUUGGGGGAGUUGCAAAAACAUAUCGUAUGCAAUCAUUUGAUUUUGCAAAAUAUUGUGGAUAGCAUCGAAAACACUGCGACCAAAACUUACCUAAAGUUAUCAUGCAAGCGGAUGAAUUGGUUCUGUUCGAUGCCAAACCGAUCGAAAACAACAUUGACUAUUGAGCAAUCUGAUGUAAGUUAAUUAAUGAUACAAAAAAUUCAAUCAUCGGAAUAGAACCAAACCCUGAAUAUUGUAUUUGUAGGAUAAUGGAGGCAAAAAAUUGGAAGUCACACACAACAACAUCAAAUACAUGAUUCAGAUAGAGAGUAACAAUAUCACAAAUGAAGAUUUUGGUAUGUUUUUUUUAUUGUUAACAUAAAAUGAUUGUUUUUUAUUUUCACAGAUCGAAUUAUGAUGUGUCUUCCAGUUCUUGAAGUUGAUGCAAUUCAUAGAAUUGCUAUCAAAGGCCGCAAAUAUCUUUUCAGAGAGCGAAGACAAGAAUUUGAUAUACAAGUAGGAAGUGGUUUGCACGCAAACCAUACAGUUAUAAAUCAAUUACAGUUGCAAGUCUCGUCUAAUGUGUUUGGUUUUUUGGACAGAUUCCCUGGUUUAGCUGAACUCGAAUUGACAGAUUUGAAUCUGAAAGGUUCUGUGGAAGGUUGGUUUUUUGAAGGGAAUUGGUUCUGAAAAAAAUGAGAUGUUCAAUUGUAAUUUUUAGGAAGAUUCAUUUCACGAAUAAGAUCUUUGAAGUUACUCGAUCUUUCAAUUCACCGAACACAAGUCUGGCAGUUAGUUGGUCCCAAUGUACAAGAAUUGCAUCUUACUGAAAGUAUGCUUCGAUUUGAGCGCGCUGAUAAAUUUAGACAACUGGCACAACGAAUUCCAAAUACUAGUAUUUAUUUGGAUGACAAAGAAUGGUAUGUUAACAUUUAAUUGAAUUGAAUAAAAAUUUAUUUAUUCUCGGAAAUUUUUAGGUGCCGUCAUGUUUCAUACGAUGUUCAAAAUGCCUACCACGAAAAUUUCAAAGUUUAUCACUGGUAUCGUAUGCUUGAAAGAGAGUUUUCUCUCAAUGACCAACCAAUCAAAUCUCCCAAAUAUUGUUAUCAUGUAAGUUCCAACAAUAAUUACAAAUUGGAAAGAAUAAUUUAAUAAUUUUUAGCUGCGAUCCAUCACACUCCUGAAAGCCCAGAAAGUUGGAAAAAAUGAGGAUAUAUUGGAAAGAAUUGGUCAAUUGGAACUUCUGCCAAAAUUGGAAAAAGUUUCAAUUGAUGGAUAUUUCGAAAAGCUGCAUUUCAAAAAGUUGUUGGAUGUCCUGAAAAAGUGCAAAAAUAUAACCAAACUCAGUAUCAAGUAUGUUUCUGUUUAAUUCACAAAAUACAGUUGUUAUUUGGAAUAUUUCAGAAGACGACACCAAACAACAAACAUACGAGAUUGGGCCAAUUUCAUAAAUGAUUUGCCAGAUCACAUAUUGUGUUUAAAGUUGAACAAUUGUACAACCGAAAAUGAGAUUUAUGCAUUGAAAAUGAGAAAAGCGAGAACAUUAAGGAGUUUGGAAGUUAAAAUUGAUGAAGAUGAUUUAUCUUUGAAUUCGUUCAAGAAAGUUCGUUUUUAUUAUCAACUACAAAUGUGUAAUAUUGAAAUUUCAGAUCUUCCAAGAUUUCCCCAAAUUGCAUUAUUUGAAGCUCAUUUAUAUCAGCUUGAAUUUAGAAAACAUUCAAUUAUUGGAAAAUUGUCGCAUUCCUAAAAUUGAAAUGUUGACUAAAAGUCAUGAAGAUGUGUCGUCUCUUCAACAUCUAAUGGAACGACAUUUUGCAUUCGUCGAACUAUCGAAUGACUUGAAGGGCAAUAUAAUGUGGCUGCUAGCCGAGGAAGCACCCGAAGCUCCUUUGAUCAUUGAUGAAUUUUUUUAA